UCCGCCGGUUCCAGCAUCGUCGGCACCGUCACGAGAGGACGGGUGAUACUUUUCUGGACGCCGGAAUAUUGGUACAGGCCCCAGGCAGCCGCGGUUGCUUACAGAGAACUGAGACACCACUUGGCGUCUCUGCGGGAUUUUCAGCAGAAGGAGAAGCAGUCGAAGAGGAAAUUCUUCUGCAGACGGAAGACGCGGAUCUCCGUUGAGAGCGGCAACUCGGAAACCGCGGUAACCGAAAAGUCCAGCAGUUUCUUGGAACGCGUGCUGUUCAUAAACGGUCCUCGCAAACGGGACAAGAAGACGUUCGAGAACGUGGACGUCGAUCGGGGAACAGCGCAGUUGCGACGACUGCUGAGAAUGAAUCUUCGCAUCACCGUCUGGGACUUGAACAGCGGCACACUGGCCACGCAGCUGACGAUGAUCGAUCGCGAUCUCUUCGUUCGCAUCCCCGCGACCGAAAUCGAGGUGGUGAUUCAUCAGAAGUCGUCGCGGAACGCGCCGAAUCUCGGCGCGUGGAUCGCCUUCAGCCACCGGAUCGCCUGUCUGACCGCCAGCGAGAUCCUCGCGAUCAAACAGCUCGACAUGAGAACCCGGAUCAUGGCGAGGUUCAUCAACACAGCCGAGAAGUGCUUCGAGCUCGGCAACUUCCAAUCGUGCAGAUCCAUCCUGGCCGGUCUGCAGUCUCCGCCGAUUUACAGGCUUCGCAGAAGCUGGGCCUAUCUGCGAACACAUCACGCCACCAGAUACGAAGCGAUGGAAAAAUUAUGCAAAAUCUACAAGAAUCCACGUUGCCCGAAGUAUCAAAAAGCCUGGGCCGCAGUGAAAUGCGAUCCACCUUGCAUGCCGUACGUCGGUCACUUCUUAAUCCAAGUUCUGGGACUGAGUGACUUGUGGAACGUUCGAUCGAACUGCAUUUGCAAUCUAAGGAGAGAUUCGUUCGCAAAUAUUACUGAAAUUUCCGACUCCGCACUUGUUCGCGGCAAUUUCGACGAUCUUUGCUCGGAAGACAAGUCCAAAUCAAUCGAACCGAAACAGUCUAGUGUGGCUGGACGUAUCGUCGCAGCAGCGUUGGCUAGACUAAAAUUUACGACGCGUCGGAACGUUGUGCCUGACAACAAAAGCGACGCUUGGACGUGCAGACAGCGAUAUUUGGCGCGCAAGUUCUUCCGUCGCUGGGACGUGAUCGUGUUGAGAUCGAGGAUGCGCGCGGAGAACGACGAGAGAUUGAAGAACGUGGACUCGAGGAGAAAACACGUUCUCGACGUAGCGACCUGGUUGACGGAAUGUCAGAGAUGCGCGCAAAAUUACAGGUUUCCCUUGAACUCGUUUGCAUGCGAAUUUCUGUUAAAAGCGCGUUACAGAGAGGACCGCGAGAAUUUUUUCAUCAGCCUCAAGCUGGAACCGCCGAAGACAAGGUGAAAACGAAACGCGAUCAGAGCCAUGUAAUUAAACUCUAAUUUUAAUUGACUCUUGUCACACUGGAAACGAUGUGCGACUCGGCUCGGGCACAAGAAAAACACCAAAAACUAGAAGAACAAUUAUAUAUUUGCAAGACUACAAAACAGACUAAGAUUAGAAUAAUUAACGAACAUUGCCACUCGUUUAUAUAAUUACGAAGAUUUUCUAAGACUAUACAGUAUUAUUUGCAUUGCAAUUUAUUCGAAAGCGUUUUUGUCUGGAGAACUUUCUCUUGCCAAUCUUAUUACAUUGUCUUUA